AUAAACACAGGGCCCAAUUACUAAAACUUGCCCUUCAGUGCUAUAAUCCGCUAUUCAGAACCAGUAAUGCAUUUAAGUGUUUUGUUUUCUUUCCUCGAUAAGAAUUGCUCUGAUUAAGUCGUUUGCACCCGGUCAAGGGCAUUUGGGUAGAAUUUCGUGAGACAAGAGGCAAUAUCAAAUGUCGAUUGUUCGUCAUUCGUCAAGAACGUGCUCUAAAAAUUAAAACGUCGCAGAUCAGUUGAAGCGCUCACGUUUUAACAUUCUGUUCAUAUCUGUCUACUCUGCAUGUUAGAACCUUUCAAUACCCAUGUUGGUUUCUGAUUAAGAGAGACAGCUGGAGAAUUCGCCAGUUCGAAAUUUCACUCAAGAGUGGGUACUGCUGAAAGGAACUAAACAAACGCCAGUUUUGAUAAGGCUUGAGGUGAACAAGGCAAGUCAAUUAAGGACGCGUGGAUAUGAACGGUACGGGUACAUUGGAGAUAAACACUACAAAUGAGGCACCCUCGACUUUGAAACACCGAGAACUGCCCGACUUCAUCUUAAACAUUUACUUGACAAGAGGUAUACUCGCUAUACCCUUAGCGUUGAUUACAUCAUUUUCGAAUGGUCUUGUAAUGUUUCUGUAUCUGAAAGAUCCAAAGAGAUGUCUUCGUUCUUCCCCGAGUUGUGUUCUUGUUGCGAGCCUGGCUCUGGUGGAUUUCAUGGUGGGAGGCGUGCUGGAACCCAUUGAUGCCUACUACAGCCUUGCGAUAGCCUUUAGGAAGCAGCACUCCAUAAGAAGGAAAGACUUGCAGAGUGCUGCGGCUUAUUUGCUCCUCAGCUCGAUGCUUCUGCUGUUGCUGAUAACGUUUGAUCGAUACACGGCGAUAUCUCGACCCAUUCAUUACCCCCACAGAAUCACCAAGAAGAGAGUCGGUAUCAGCGUGGUGAUUGUAUGGAUCUACUGCGCCUUACUGAUCUUUGGGAUAAGACGCUCGUCCUGCAAGGCAAGAAUAUCAGCUUCAAGGGAAAGACGCCAUCUGCAACAACCGAGGGAGCAGAAAAAGCAGAUUGGUUUCCAAUUCAAGUUUUGUUCUACCGAAGGCAUUUUAAUUCAAAAUAGGGACCGUUAA